GGGGACAUGAGGUGGGGUACAAGAGGAAGGCAAUGCGAUGCAAAAGGUGCUCGCUGUGGCAGUAGUACUAUAUGAACUCUGAAAUGCACAUAAAUGGCCGUUCACCAAGCCAUGCUGAUAAUGUGAAUAUCCUGGCAUAGUUACAUAUCCAUCAAGUGUGAGAUGCUGGCUGAAUAGAGAGCUUCAGAAGAGGCUAGUAAACCACCUGCGAGAAGUGUGACAAUCGAUUUGAUGGCGUGUCAUCAACAGUGUAAGAGAAGGCCCAGGUCCCUUGGUGAAGUUGACUCAAAUCCACCAAAGUUUAAGCCAUAAUUGAUUUUAUUGAUCUUUAAGACAGUCGGAAAAUCUUUGGUGAUUUUGCUCCAUGCUACUGUUUGAGCAACUUAUUUCAGUCGCGGUUUCUCACAUAAAUGUAUGUCGUAGCAAUCAUUACCUGCUUGUUGAAUAUCCCCAUUAGUUAGUUUGAAUAAAACUUGCUUCAGAGCAUCGUGGCUCUAGCAACUUGCCAUCGAAUUUGAAUGACUCUGGAAGUAACAGCAAAGAUCACUUCCAGGAAAUAUCUCGUUAAAAAGCAGAAUAAGCGUCCUUCUUUCUUGCUUUGGACUUAAAAAGCUGUUACUCAGUCUAGUUACGUUAACGUAUCCGCUUUUCCCUGUAAAUUUCCGCAAGGGAAAUAAAUCGGUUUUCGACCGGAAUCCCGGAAACACUGUACUGUAUAGAGACAGUGAGAUGCCUUUCUACUCUUUUUUGUAACUCUGGAAAUUCUCGCGCUCCGAGUGUGUGACGUCAUCCUUUCCCCGCCCGGUAGUCUGGGCUGCCCUCCAUCAUGGAGGUUUUCGGGAAAGCGGUUCUUAAAGACCCGCACCAGCUCCUUCCUGAGGGUUUCUGGGCGGCCGUCAGCGUGUGGCUGGAGAAGCCCCAGGUGGCAAACAAGCGGUUGUCCGGCGCUCGCUUGGAGGACUCCCGAGGAGUAGCCCGGCCUCGGCCUGGAGCCGGCGGAGAAGGGACUCCCGGACUCUCCCGGCAAUCGGUGCUGGAGGCUGCUUGGGAAGCUUUCUGCUCCUCGGAGGGCUAUAAUGAGGUCCUCGGUCUCGAAGGUCGCGAGGAGCAGCAGCACCAGCAGCUGGAGGUGGUGCUCAGGACCCUUGUCCCCAAAGGCAGCCCCAUCGCGCCUGAGGAGGAGUUGGUGAUAAAAGAUAUUGAUAAUGGGAUUGUAACCUUUUUGCCAUUGGAGCAAACCCAUGAAGGCAAAUACAAAGUCAAGAUCUGUAAUGUUUACCAAAUUCGACUUCAGCAUAUACAAGACAAGGAAUGGUCCAUAUCAAUUUUACUGUCAUCUCCAGAGAACUACAUUUCAGAUGGAAUUUUAUAUCCUAAGACAACAUGGCUUGGAAGUGAGCUGCUAUCUAAAUUAGCUAAAUGGUCCACAGAGAUUAUGAAGCGCGAAUUCAAGAGUACACUUUCUUUAAUUUCUGUGGCAAGAUACAGCAAAAUUUAUCAAGAUCUAAAGGAGAAAUACAAAAGGAUUGUAAAGGUCUGGCCUGAAGUAACAAAUCCUGAGAAGUUUGUAUAUGAAGAUGUUGCUAUAGCUGCAUAUUUGCUGAUACUUUGGGAAGAUGAGAGAGCUGAGAGAGGACUGUCCGAGAAACAAUCUUUCAUGGAUCUUGGCUGUGGAAAUGGCCUCCUAGUUCACAUAUUGAGCAAUGAAGGGCAUUCAGGUAAAGGAAUUGAUGUAAGAAGAAGGAAAAUAUGGGACAUGUAUGGUCCACAAACAUACUUAGAGGAAAAUGUAGUUAGUCCAAACAAUCUGUAUCCAGAUGUUGACUGGUUAAUUGGAAAUCAUUCUGAUGAACUCACACCAUGGAUACCUGUAAUUGCAGCCAGAUCUUCCUAUUCUUGUCGGUAUUUUCUAUUGCCCUGCUGCUUCUUUGAUUUCCAUGGAAAAUAUAACCGAAGGCAAAGUAAGAAAACCCAGUACAGAGAGUACAUUGAUUUUGUAACAGAAGUGGGACUUGUCUGUGGCUUUAAAGUGGAAGAAGAUUGCCUGAGAAUUCCUUCAACUAAAAGAGUAUGCUUAAUUGGGAAAUCUAGAACAUAUCCAGCAAUACAAGAUGCUGCACUUGAUGACCAGCGAGCACACUAUAUCAACAGUCGCCAAUCCUUCAACAAAACAGCAUCAGAUAAAAAGGACAGAUUGUACCAAGUUGAUAGCUUCUUGACAGCAGGUCACACCACAGCUCUUAUAGGAGAUGAAGAAGUGCUUCAAAAUACCAAUGUAGAAAAUGUCUUAAUGUCUGGUUUUCUGCCCAGGGGGAAAGAACAAAUGAGAAACUGUACUGCUCUCCCUAAGGAUUUUGUAGACAAAGUGGUUUUGAAGGUAGUACAGCUGUUGUUAAGUGAAAGCAAAGAAAGUCCACCUGGAAAUACAACCACAUGGAACAGAGGAGAGAGUCUUACAUUGGGAGAAAUUGCAGAACAUUUAGACAAGAAGACUUUAAAAACUCUGAAAAAUGAAUAUGGAGGCCUGCAGACCUUGCUGAGAAACAACCAUCAAGUGUUUGAAGUUCUAAAUGGAAAAGUUCAUAUUCGUGACUGGAGAGAAUGGAAGCCACCCAAGAAAAAUAAGCGGAAUGAGCAUGUUAAACAAAGAUUUCCUUCUAGAGCGUUUAAAACUCGCUUGUGUUGGUUUUACAUGCACCAUCCUCAGGGCUGUCCUCUGACUUCAGAAUUCUGUCAUUAUGCUCAUGGGGCUGAGGAGCUGAAGCCUUCUCUGACUGUACCAAAGAUGAAUCAUGUCAAACAAUAAAGUGUUGCUACUUUGACUUACUCUA